AUGCGUAGCCUGAAGGUACUAAGUAGGAUCUUGACCUCUGCAACUCAAACCGCGGCAGCGGCCCUUCCCAAUUAUAUUGGCAAUGCGGUUAUCCUCUUCAUUGGAUUUAUCUCCGUGCAGGCACCCAAGUUUCAUUAUGCGAAAAGUUUGGCAUCAAAGCUGUACAAAGACAGCUACGCCAUCGUCGACACCCAAGAUCAAGCCACACUCUUAAAAGGCUGGCUCGCUUACAGUGCACUUACCGCCAACGGCGGAGGACCUUACCUAGCCAGCCUGAGCGAGACGGUGUUCUGCACCAGAGAUUCUGGGUAUGACGGCUAUGCUGGCAUCGCUGGCAAUACCCCAGCGGAUGGACAUCAGUACUGCAACAGCUGCUUGACAGAGGGCAUCAACAGUGGGGCGGAUGAUAUUUGGUGUCAGGUCAACGACCGGGCGGAUGGUGGGACGGCGACUCUCGAAGAUCACAUGUAUCAUGGUGGGAACCCUAAAAAGGGUCCCUCGGGUAUGUGUACUGUCGACACUCAAUGUGCUGGAAGAGGCUGGAUGGUCGGAUGUUAG